UGAGGUCGUGUGAGUGAGUACAACCAAAGACUAUUGAAAACCAUAAUAAACUAUAAUUCAGUUUAGCCAGAGUUCAUAAUAACAUCUCUGAUUUAUGUUCCUUUAUGCCUUUAUUAGUAAAUCUCGCAAGUUAAUAUUGAAAAGUGCAUAAAGAUUCAAUGUAUACCAAAAAUUGCGUGCGCUCGCGCUGUUGUACUCAUGCACUAGACAUCAGGCAUGAAACAAAUUGUAGUUGCUAUAGCGACGCGUGUUAUGAUAUGAUUUCUGCAUACAGUAUAUAAACACUCAAAGCCAUCAAUAUCUGCUGGUUGAGAGACGAGGCGACUUCAGAGACUUUUGGAGAAUAUUUAUGUGCUGAGAUUGUGAUUUUCGACGGAGAGGAGACUUUUAUUUUAGGAGAUCGGAGGAUUUUUCUUUGAGUAGAGUUUUAUUUUCGAAGGAUUUCUGAUUAUUCUGAGGAAAGUUUUAUUGUUCUCUUCUUUCUUUCUUUCUUUCUUUCUUUCUUUCUUUCUUUAAUUAAUUAAUUACAUUUUUAUUUAUUUAUUGUUUUUAUUGGAGUUUGGAGGAGACUGUCAAUGGCUCAUACUGGUGAAAAACGAGCCUCAGGCCGCUCCAGAUCCAGGAGUGCUGCUUUCUCCCAAGCGGCUGCUCAGGAGGUUGGGAGACGCGGCUCUGGUGACGGCGCUCAGGAACCACUGCCAAACCCAAACCAGCCACUGAACCAAGAGCUGCCUGGAUACAUCGUACCUCUGCCUUCAGAGUUGGCCGUUUCUGUGUCCACAGAUCAGGCUCACAGGAAGAGGAAGUGGCAGAGCGGCAGCCAGGAGGAUAAGCGUCCGUCCCCCUCAUACAGAAGACCUGCCAAACGCUCCCGCAGAGAAGCGUAUGUGAAGGGCCCUUUGCUGGGCCGAGGCGGAUUCGGCCCUGUGUAUGCUGGGACCCGCAGGUCUGAUGGACUGCCAGUUGCCAUCAAGUACGUCUCUAAAAGAGGAACACAGAGACUGAGAGUUGAAGGUCAGGGUCGGCUGCCGCUGGAGGUGGCGUUGAUGACCCUGGUCAAUUCGACUCCUGCCUGCCCCAACGUCCUGCAGCUACUGGAGUGGUUUGACCGUCCCGGACGCUACACCAUGAUCCUGGAGUGCCCGCUUCCUUGCCAAGAUCUGGAGAGUUUCUGUGAGGAGAACGGACGCCUGGAUGAGAGUCUGGCCAAGAAAGUGCUGCUGCAGCUGAUCACGGCGCUGAAACACUGCGAGAGCCGCGGAGUCCUGCACCGGGACGUCAAACCAGAGAACCUGCUGAUCUCCACAGAGUCACAUGACAUCAAGCUGCUGGACUUCGGCUGUGGAGAUCUGCUGAAAGACUCGGCCUACAAACACUUUGCAGGCACUCUUCAGUACGCCCCUCCUGAGUGGUUUCGCAGCACCGCCAUCAUGCAGGACCUGCUACGGUUUGGUCAGUGGGGUGAUGCUCACAACAUCCUGUGCGGCUGUUUCCUUCAGAGGCGCAUUGAGGGUCACCUACAAAACAGACUGCACUUCCCUAGAGUGCUGUCAACAGGCAAGAGACAGAAAUCACGUCCAGAUCCAGGUGAAGCAUGUGGUUUUGUGUUCCUGAACACUGUGUUGUGUGUAACAGAGUGCCGUCAGCUGAUUCGCUGGUGCCUCAGUGCAGCGGCAUCAGAUCGGCCCAGUUUAGACGACAUUGAGCGCCACCCCUGGUUAUACUGAGCAGGUGGCCAGUGACGCACACUUAUCUGACUCAGCAGUCAUGGCUGGAUUGUCUUGUUAGGAUCAGACUAGAUAAAUGCUUCUGAUUGUUUGUAUAGGGUGAGCAGGAGUGACACAGGAAGUGCAGAGAACAGCUUCCUGAUCACCUACAGAAAGAGCAGAGGAUCAUGGACUAAUGGCCGCCACACAAUGAAGGGUUUUGAUCCUCUGCUCCAGUCUGUGAGGGGCUCUGUGUGCAUGCUGGAGGAGUCUGAACACACAGCGCCAGCUGAAACCGCAGCCCGACGGGCCAGAGAUCAAUAUGUGUAGUUUCUCCACAAUUACAGUAGAGAAAUGCGAGAAAAGUGUAAAUAAGCAGAACAGAAUCAGAAAGAGACUGGGGCAGGGUGUUAACUAGCAUAACGUAUUAAUGUGAAAAAAGGCCACCUGGCGUUAGACACAGAAUGUAAGUCACCAAAAAACUAAAGACAUUUUUUUUUUUCAUCAGAAUGUUCAUUUAAACAAAUAAUAUUUUAUUUUAUCAGACCAAACUCAAACUCAAAUAACAGCAAACAUAAUAGAAACUCUUCUAAAUCAUUGAACAUUUAACUCUACCAAACAAAAUUACACAUUAAAAACAAUUAAUUUAAACAUUUACUCUCUUAAUGCAGUCCCAUGUAAAGCAUGCUGGGAAUUACUGAUCUACUCCCCAGUUAGUUAUGUUAGCAAAGUAAUUCAUGUAGUCCCCUUACAAAAUAGAAAUGUUGAAAUUUUACAAAUUGAAAUGUAUUGAAUAUAAUUAAAUAAAAUUGUGACAAAAUGUUCAAGAAUUGUUUUGCUUUGGCUCAUUUUAACAAAGUAACAUGAACAAGCAGGCAGAAUAUUCUUUUGAGUGUGUAUGGUGAAAGUCACCGUACUGCAGAUGCCCUAGAGCAGCACUCAUAAGGCAACCCCUGCCCUAGAGCCAUUAACAUAAUUGAUUACAUGAUUACAUUUUUACACAAUAACAAUAAAUUAUUCAUAAUUUAUUGAUUCUCCCUGAAUCUUCUUUUUUAUCUUUUGAAUUUAUCUUUCUAAAAAUAGCAUACUGCUUAUAUACAGUAUCUCACAGAAGUGAG